AUGGGCAAACCUAAACGUUUGUGUCGAUUCACGCCUGAACUUCGAAAUAAAUACAGUUUCCUAAAAGAAAUCAAUGGAUCUGAUUCCGAACUACUAUGUGGAAAAUGUAAACGGACUUUCAAUAUUUCACACGGAGGUGGAUAUGAUAUUGAACGACAUAUUCAAUCAAUUAAACAUAAAUCAGCAGAUUUAGCCGUUUCAUCAAGUAAGCCAUUAACGACAUAUUAUAAAAGUAGCGCACCAAGUUCAAGAGAUUUGGAAAUAGCAGCUGCAGAAGGUGCUUGGGCAUACCAUACAGUUUCUGAAAAUCAGAGCUUUCGUUCGCAUGACUGCUUUUCUAAACUCACACAGGCUUGUUUUGAACCUAAAUUUCAUUGUGCCAGAACAAAGUGUGGACAAAUAGUAACCAAUGUUUUUGCUCCAUAUGCAAUUGAUAUUCUAACUAAUCAGCUUAAAAACGCAAAUUGCAUAAGUAUUUUAACUGAUGCUUCAAACCAUGGAAAUAUUAAGUUGUUUCCUUUGCUUGUUAGAUUGUUUGACCCCCUAUAUGGAAUUCAGAUAAAAAUAUUAAAUGUCGAGUCUCAGCCUGGUGAAACUUCUGAUAUUAUUAUAAAUUAUAUUGUAAAAACAAUAGAUGAUAAUAAUAUUAGAAAUAAAGUAGCUGCAUUUUGUGGGGACAACACCAACUGUAAUUUUGGUGGUGUUUCAAGACGUGGCACUAAUAAUGUGUUCCAUAAAUUACAAGGAAAGCUGGGAAAACAAUUGAUUGGAGUUGGUUGUGCUGCCCAUAUUAUCCACAAUGCUAUACAAACCGCUGCUGACUGUCUUCCUAUUGAUAUAGAAUGUAUAAUAGUAAAAAUCUAUUCUUUUUUUUACAUUUACACUGUUAGAGUGGAAGAAUUGAAAGAUUUUUGUAUGUUUGUAGAAAUUGAGUAUAAAGCUAUUCUUGGCUAUAGUAAAACAAGGUGGCUUUCGCUUAUGCCUUCAGUAGAAAGAAUUUUAAAACUAUUUCCUGCUUUAAAAUCUUACUUUUUGAGUCAAGAUAAAGUACCUCUAAUAUUAAAAACAUUUUUUAGCAAUCCGUGUGCAGAACUAUGGUUAAACUUUAUUCACAGUCAAGCUGCCACAUUCCAUCAACAUGUUUUGAACAUAGAAGGCCAAAACAUACUUGCAGUUGAAGUAUUUAAUGAGAUAAAACAACUUAAAAACAACUUGAUGCAUAAAAAACAAAAUAAAUUCAUUCCAUUGUCUGUAAGAACACUUAUUAGGCAACUAGAACAUGACGGAUUAGUACAAGAAUCUGACAUUCUAACUGUAAUUGAAAAUUUUUAUAGUACUUCCGAGCAAUAUUUAACAUCUUGGACUUAUCAUUUUGAAGAACUAGAAAUAAUGGAAUGUAUUACCCUUAAAAAAGUUCCAAAUUGGUCUGAAAUAGAAAAGGUUGCUGAGUUCAUUUCAAAUAAAGGAUUUUUCAAUCCCAAUAAUGAUACUGCAUUAUUUGAUCAAUUUAUGCUUACAUUACAGUAUGUUACACAAGAAAAAAUUGAUGAAUGGAACUUAGAAAAAAAACCCACAGAUCAACGCUGGGUUUGUAUUUUCAAAUAUUUUAAAGAAAAAGACAUACAAUGUGAUAAAAUGAUAAUAAUAGUAGAAUAUGUGUUAUGUCUGCCGGGUUCUAAUGCAUCAACUGAACGUGUUUUCAGUCACAUAACAAAAAUUUGGACCAAGGAAAAAACCCAGUUGAACGUGUCUACAUUAAAAGCAUUAUUAAUAACCAAGUUAAACUUUGAUUACACUUGUUUGGAAUUUUAUGAUUUGUUAAAAAAAAAUAGUUUCUUACUAAAAAAAAUUGUAUCUAAGGAUAAGUAUUAA